UUAAUAUAUUUAAGUAUAUAAAUAUGAUUUGGAUUAUUCAGAUACCUAAAAUAUUUCGGUUCGAGUCGGGUUCGGAUUUUUUAGAUACCAAAAUUUUGUAUCCAUUCGAAUUUUAACCAGUUUCAAUUCGGAUUUAGUGCUAUUUGUUGGAUCAGAUUUGGUUCGGUUUGGUUCUUAUGAUUCAGCUUUUUUUGCCAAGCCUUAUUUUUUUUUUUAAUUAUACAAAGGUAUCUUGGUCUCCAUUGUAUUGGAUCAGUUUACUUAUUGGCCUCCUGUUAGCAGUCUACUUAUCGGUCAAGUCCUAUUUUGAAUUUUGUAACAAUGAAGAAAAAGCACUGAAAAGAAAGGUUUCAAAACAUCAGUUUAAACUGUAAAGAUCAUUUAUCAGAAUAAGCGUAAAAGUAAGCGACCACUUCACUCUGCCAAAAAAAAAUAAAACCUCAAAAUUCAAACGGUAACCUAACAGAAUCCUGAACGUAAUUGAGCCGGUUAACAAAUCAUGUCUAUGUUAGAAAUCAGAUCGGUUAAAACCGGUUAAAGAAUCAAAUUGAUUGGUGUGGUUAGUGGUAAUAAGUAGACUUAUGGUUAGAGUAGCUUCUGUAAAAGGAUCAAAAUUGCCAGUUCCGAAAGCAAAACAAAAAAAAACAAAAAUGAGAAAGCAAGAACCGGAGGAAGCAAAUCGUAACGUCAAUAUGGAAACCGCAACAAGCGACCAAAGUCUCAUAACAAUUCUGGACGACAUCAAAUCUUCAAAACUUCCGGCUGUUAUUAACUACGGUGCUUCGUGGUGUGGAGUUUGUAGCCAGACGUUUCCUGCCUUCCAAGAGCUUAGCAGCAGUUUCAAAAGGAUCAAGUUUGUUUAUGCAGAUAUCGACGAGUGCCCUGAGACCACUCUUCGCAUCCGUUACACUCCGACGUUUCAGUUCUACAGAGACGGUGAAAAGGUUGACGAGAUGUUUGGAGCUGGUGAAGAGAGGCUACAUGAUCGUCUUUGGCUUCUUUCUUGAAAUGUAUUCUUGAAAAAUCAAAUUAUUAACACCUAUAAAUGAUAAAAUAAAGAUUUCUGCAACCCUGUGCUACAUAAUUGAUAAGAUUAUUAUAAUAACAUAUGAAUAUUUAACUAAA